AUGGCUCAAGACAAUUCCCCACAAAUAGACCGUGUGUCGGUUCGUCUCCCAGCAUUCAUGCCCGCAGAGCCUGAACUUUGGUUCGCGAUAGUGGAGAGAAAUUUCGAAGUUAGUGGAGUUUCAGCCGAAACCACAAAAUUCGGUUAUAUCCUGAGCGCCCUUGAUCCGAAACACGUAAUAGAAGUUAAGGAUAUCGCAUUGUCUCCACCAUCCCACGAACCCUAUAAAAAAUUGAAGGAAGAGCUUAUAAAGAGGCUCAGCUCCUCGCAGGAGGAACGGACGCGACGGCUUUUGGAGCACGAGGCGAUCGGGGACCGCAAGCCCUCGCAGUUUUUGAGGCACUUGCGGGAUCUCGGCGGGUCAGCCGUAUCAGAAAGUGUGGUGCGGACACUAUGGCUAGGCCGUUUACCAUCUUCGUUGCAGGCCAUCCUAGCCACCCAAAAAAACAGCAGUCUGGACCAAGUCGCUGAUCUUGCAGACGCCGUACACGAGGCGACGAAAAUUACAACGCCCUGUAUUGCGGAGACCCAAAGCCCAUCCCUGGAGGCCCAAGUGCAGAUUCAGUUAGCACAGCUUACGCUGCACUUGCGGGAGGAAUUAGCCAGCAUACGGCAGGAAGUGAGUGCUAUUCGGGACAACAGACCGCCGGAAUCCCAUCGCCCGCGGUCUCGUUCGACUAGCCGCCGUCGCUCGCGGUCGCGCGAACCACCAGCUUCUGGAGUGUGCUGGUAUCAUUGGCAGUUUGGCAACAGGGCAAACAAAUGCAAACAUCCCUGCAAUUUCGCGGGAAACGCAACAAACGGGCACUGA